GACUCGCCAACUUGUCGAGUCACCGCGAACUCCGACUGCAGUGGCAGGCUCCGAGGAGCAAGCGGCUGAAGAGAAGGUGCAAGUGCUGUUGGAACUUCCCGACGGCAGCCUAUUUGAGGGGCAGUGGCGUCAUCGCUUGGCAGAGGGUUGCGGCAAACUGCAGCUUGCAAACGGUGGUGUUUAUGAUGGCCAGUGGUCUGUGGGCUAUGCCAAUGGUUUGGGACGAUUCACGCAGACG